AUGAACAUCAACAUCCCGAACCUCAUUAAAUCUGCUGUCCCGGAGGCUGAAGGGCGCAACGUCCAGAUCCUGUCAGACAACAGAUCAACAAAUUAUCGAGACGGCAAUUUUUUGUCGGGCGAUUUCCCGCGCAAUCCACCAAAGCUUUACAUCACCGGAGAAAACGACGAUUUUGACGAAGUCACGUUGAGGGAAUGGCGAGAUGAGGGAUUCGAUGUUGAGUACAUCUCGAUGGAGAGUUGUGAAGAUGGGUAUCUCAAAAAGAUCAAGUCGCUAAGUAGAGAGAACAUGGGCCCCUGCGAAAAGUUUGGAAUUGUUGCCUACGAUGACGCAGCAGCGAUAUGUCUAGAGCACUUUCACGUUCUGGACCAUAACCCAGAAUUCAAGCUUGGUCUCCUCAUCGCCUACUACCCAACUCGCAUUCCAGACACCAAUGGCAAAUUUCCCAACGCCAUCAGCGCUCUUGUGCACCUCGCAGCGGGUGAGGAAGUAGGCGUCGUCAAGCAGUCUCAAAUGGUCGGCAUCCAGGGCAAAAAGCGCGUCAGACGCACCAAGAUCACCAGCGGUCUCGGUACGGGUGGAAAGUUAGAUCUGGCGUACCCAAGCUAUACCUAUGAGGCUCAGCCAGGUUUCGCUGAGCAUGAUCUUGACGAGUAUGAUGGGGUCGCAGCCGAGUUGGCGUGGAGUCGGAGUUUGGCGGCGGCGAGAAAGGUCUUUGGUAUCAAUCCUGACCUUGAGGUGGUUUUGGAAAACAACUUGCAGAGCAAAUUCUUCUCAAAGAAUCUUAAGCAAGCUAUGGCGACGUUCACAACACACAAGACACCUCACGUAACAUACAUGCCCACUCUGACAGGCGCGACGGGCGCCGAGGAAUUGAAGCGCUUUUACUCCGAAUCAUUCACCACACCGCCCUCACUCAAGAUCACACUCCUAUCACGUACCAUCGGAGUUGACCGCGUUGCUGACGAGAUGCACGUUCAAUUAAAGCACACGGAGCAAGUACCAUGGUUGCUUCCUGGCGUACCACCAACAAACAAAAAGAUUGAGAUCAUGAUGGUCAGCAUCGUCACAAUCCGUGGAGGAAGAUUAUACCAGGAACAUGUCUACUGGGAUCAAGCGAGCGUGCUAGUCCAAGUUGGCCUGCUGGAUCCCAAACUGCUACCACAGUCGGCGAAGGAUUUGGGCGUCGAGAAGCUCCCUGUAGUAGGACGUCGAGCGGCAAGAAGAGUGCUCAGAAACAAAGAUUUGAGCGAUGAUGAGGGCGAAGCUGAUAAUGAGUUGAUUCCUGGAUGGAAGAAGAACAAUGAUGAGAGCAGCGAGGAGGGCGUCGCUGAGCUGCCGUGA